UCUGUAUGCUGGAAAGCUCUGACAGUAAAGCUGACCCGAUCUUAAAAUUACCAUCUAAACCACAUUGAACUCUGUACCUCCUUCACUGGUAUGUGUAAGGAAUUUCUUUCUGACAAUGGCAUGAAUGGUGUGUGGAAGUUCACCUAGUGGGCGGAACCCGAGUUUUUUGUCUGGGAUGGGAGCUGCUCGUGGGCGUGGUUGUAGUGCAGUGGGCGUGGUCAGGAGGGGAAGCCUGUAGGUUUAUAGGCGAGCGCACGCGCUCCUAUUCACUACUGCAACCAGCUGUGAGCGUGGGGUGAUAAUAUUAGACUUUAUAUAAUAUAGAAAAAAACUUUCGUUUUCUUUAUAGGAUUAAAAUAUGACGCAAACGAAUAGAUUCUUAUUUGAGCUUGGGGCGCACAUUAAACGCCUUGAAGAAUAUUCUAGUUUAUUUAUAAGCAGCCAUGUUUUACUCUAAAGUGGCUUAAUUUACAUUUUUGAACAUAAAUAGGCAUUUGGAGUUUUGUGGAAUUGACAGUCGUAAGUUUUUUUCAGCGAGAAAGUUGUGUUUUUAAGAUUUUAUAAUUAUAUCUGUAAUAUAUAUUUUUACACACAUAUAUAUAUAUAUAUAUAUAUAUAUAUAUAUAUAUAUAUAUAUAUAUUUAUAUAAGAGCGCGAGUAUGGAUGCCGGGGUGACGGCUCCGUGCCUCGCUCCGAGCAGCGGGGAAAAUAUACAAGCUCCCAAACAUCUGUGGAAACAACAGGACCAAGUGACUCUCCAGCCUCAGUCCCAGGCUCAGGUUCACGUUCAGGUGCUCCAGUCGCAGCCGUGCCACGGAACGCGGAAGAGCCACCGAGUGAGACAGCGCGGCUUCUCGGAUAACGAGAAAUACCUGAGUCCGCGGACGAUGGAGCGCACGUACGCAGUGGACACCGGCGGUCGCCCCGGGCUCAAGAAAUCCAGGAUGUCCUGGCCGUCGUCCUUUCAAGGACUUAGACGUUUCGAUGUGGAUAAUGGCACGUCGUCAGGACGCAGCCCGCUGGACCCAAUGGCCAGCCCUGGGUCAGGUCUCAUCCUGCAGGCCAACUUCGUCCAUAGCCAACGGAGGGAGUCGUUCUUGUACCGCUCGGACAGCGACUAUGACCUCUCACCAAAGUCCAUGUCGAGAAACUCCUCCAUCGCCAGUGACAUACAUGGAGAUGACAUGAUUGUUACCCCUUUUGCACAGGUCCUGGCUAGUUUGAGAACUGUACGAAAUAAUUUCUCAGCACUGACAAAUGUACAGCAAGAAAGAACCUCUAACAAGAGAUCACCCAUGUGUAACCCUCCACCCAUCACAAAGACCACAUAUACAGAAGAGGCCUACCAGAAGCUGGCCACCGAGACGCUGGAGGAACUUGACUGGUGCCUAGACCAGCUGGAGACCCUGCAGACCCGGCACUCGGUCAGCGAGAUGGCCUCUAACAAGUUCAAGAGGAUGUUGAACCGAGAGUUAACCCACCUGUCUGAAAUGAGCCGCUCUGGAAACCAGGUGUCUGAGUACAUCUCCAAUACUUUUUUAGACAAGCAGCAUGAAGUGGAAAUGCCGUCUCCACAGUCGCAGAAGGACAAGGAAAAGAAGAAGCGGCCGAUGUCCCAGAUCAGCGGCGUGAAGAAGCUCACUCACAGUUCCAGCCUCACCAAUUCCAACAUCCCUCGAUUCGGUGUUAAGACGGACACAGAGGAGGAACUGUCUAAGGAGCUUGAAGAUGUGAACAAAUGGGGCCUUAAUGUUUUCAAAGUCACAGAGUUCUCUGGCAACAGACCUUUAACAGUUAUGAUGCACACAAUAUUCCAGGAGAGAGACUUAUUAAAAACGUUUAAAAUUCCACUUGACACUUUUAUAACGUAUCUGAUGACGUUAGAAGACCAUUACCAUGGCGAUGUUGCCUACCACAACAACAUCCACGCUGCCGACGUGACUCAGUCCACUCAUGUGCUGCUCUCUAGUCCUGCUCUCGAGGCCGUUUUCACAGAUUUAGAGAUUCUCGCCGCCAUAUUUGCCAGCGCGAUACAUGAUGUCGAUCAUCCUGGCGUCUCCAACCAGUUCCUCAUUAACACUAACUCUGAGCUGGCUCUUAUGUAUAAUGACUCAUCUGUGUUGGAGAACCAUCACCUGGCUGUAGGCUUUAAGCUUCUGCAGGAGGAGAACUGUGACAUCUUCCAGAACCUCACCAAGAAACAGAGACAGUCGCUGCGCAAGAUGGUUAUUGACAUCGUUCUGGCGACAGACAUGUCAAAACACAUGAAUUUACUGGCAGAUCUGAAAACCAUGGUGGAGACAAAAAAAGUGACCAGUUCUGGAGUUCUGCUGCUGGAUAAUUAUUCAGACAGGAUACAGGUGCUACAGAACAUGGUGCACUGUGCAGACCUCAGUAACCCCACAAAGCCAUUGCAGCUGUAUCGCCAGUGGACAGACCGUAUCAUGGAGGAGUUCUUCAGCCAGGGAGACCGUGAGAGGGAACGUGGCAUGGAGAUCAGCCCCAUGUGUGACAAACACAAUGCUUCAGUUGAGAAAUCACAGGUGGGCUUUAUCGACUACAUCGUGCACCCACUGUGGGAAACGUGGGCAGACCUGGUCCACCCUGACGCCCAGGACAUCUUGGACACGCUGGAGGACAACAGGGAGUGGUACCAAAGCACCAUCCCACAAAGCCCGUCCCCAGCACUGGACACGAAUACUGAGGGGCGCCGCGCCACCACUCAUGACAAGUUUCAGUUCGAGCUCACGCUGGAGGAGGAUGGAGAAUCGGACACGGAGAAGGACAGUGGUAGCCCUCCAGAUGAGGAAGAAGAGGAAGAAGAAGAGGAAGAGGAAGAGGACGAGAACAGCUGCAGUGACUCUAAAACCCUUUGCACACAGGACUCGGAGUGUACCGAGAUCCCCCUGGACGAACAGGUGACUGAGGGGGAGGAGGUAGGAGAAGAUCAGAGAGAGGAAGAGGGCGAGAUAUCAGAAUCCUGUGUUUUAGUGGAACGGGAGGAGGAGGAGGAUGAGGAUGAGGAUGAAGAAGAGCAGGACACUGCCAAUACGUAACACAGUAUGAGAUAGCAUUUGGACUUCUUUUAUACUAGACAUGAGAGCCACUUAUUUAUGGAUAAGCUGUAGGGUUUUUCAUAUUUUUAUGUUUUUUUUUUUUGUGUGUGUCUGUGUGUACUGUACAUCUUUAUCCAAAAAUGUGUAUUCAUUUUCCCAUCACCAUCUCUGACAUCAUCCAUAUGGUCCUUGUUUAUCCAUCACUAGUGCCGUUUUACCCAUUUUUGUACUCAGGAAAGUAUUUUCCACGCACACAUUUGAAACAAACAUUUGUCUUUUUUUAACUAAGGUAGUAGUUUGGAAAAAAAAAAGAAAAGAGAUUCUUGUAGAUUUCACUUUCAUUUGCCAAAAACACCUAUCAGACCAUCUUUUUCUUCUAACUUAUGGUUUGAUGGGAGCGUCAUUGCAUGGAGACACAUAGUUAAGCUGGUAGACGUUCACUACACAAUUUAAAUGUUAUUUCUUCCUCAAAGUCUAGAUCUACUUUAUUUGCAGUGCUAAGUGUAGAUAGACUCAUUACCAAAGCUAAUAGAAAUGACUCAUGGCACAAGGAAUCAAACUAAAAAAAAAUUACAAUCGGCAACUGCCAAAGAGUGUAUUAUUUAUUUUAUUAGAUUUCUUUUGUGAAAUGUGACGUCUUUAUGAAGUAACAUUUGUUUUUUUGUUUUUUUAAUUUAAUAGAAAGAGUGCUUUGUUUGGUGCAGGCCUUCACUUACAUGGUAACUGACACCUAUCAUUGUUUAGAUUAAUUUUUUUCAAUCAUGCUUAGACAAGCCUUAAGAUGUUGUUGCCAGGACAAACCAGAAGCUUCCUUUUUCUUCAGUCUGAUCUACAGAUUCAUAAAGAGGUCAGAAUGAAGACGGCAAAUUCACUGAUGCGUUGUUUUACUCUUUUGUCAGCCAGAUUUAAUUGACCAGUUUCCUGUUUAGAAGCCACUUGAUCUGAAGAUGUAUUCUGACUCUCAAAUGGCUCUGAACUGAACUAUUUGAAUUUUAUGUAUACUCACUGACCAUUUUAUUAGGAACACCUGUGCACGUGGUUAUUUGUGCAAGUGUCCCAUCAUCCAAUCAUGUGGCAGCAGCACAAUUCAAAAAAUAUUGCAAAUACAGUUUAUGGUUGUUGAAACUGAUUUCAGAAACUGAUCUCCUGGGAUUUUUUUACAUUCAACUGUCUUUAGAGGUUACACGGAAUAGUGUAACACAUUUUGUGUAAACUUUAAAAGAUCUGAACAUAAAGCUUUUGACAUGCACUGCUGUGCUGCCACUUGAUGGACUGAUUCAGUGAUCAAUAGUCAUGUGUUAUGGAAUUCCUUAUAAAGUGGAUGGUGAGUGUAAAUACUACUAUGUAGUCUUUAGUACAUCUUUAUACUAUUGACUACAUACAGUACAAAGCAAUAUACAACUUUCAUCGACACUCAGAAUUCCCUUGUCACUAGGAUGGUAUCAUCAAGAGGAUAUGUUUUCUAUUUUCAGUGUGUAUCUUUCACCUGGGGAUUAUAAGGUGUUUCUUCAAAAGCUGCCAGGGUAAAGAUAUAUCAGGGUAUUUAGACUGUACAUCAGUUAUUUUUUUAUUCAGAAGUUAUGCUUUAGAUGGCUCCACACCAGUGAUGAGAAGAAUUACAGUUCUGCAUUAUUUUUGAGAGUGAAAUUGAUUCAACCCUACUAUGUAGUACGAUCCAAAUGUCUUAAAUCAUGAUGAAAAUCUUUUUCCCAUAUAAUGGAUGGUUUUUGAAUACAGUAAUCCCCCGCUUUACCACAGUUCGAAUCUCGUGCCCCCGGUUUAUCGCAGAUAGCGUGACCAUUAAACGUAUAGGGAAUUGUUUUUAUGGAGUUUUAUGUUUAAAUAAUACAAUUUAUUAAUAAAAGAAUAUCAUUAUUAAUUAUAAAAUGAAGUAAAAUGUUAAAACAGUACAGUACUAUAUACAUAAAAUAGCAUUAUUGGAGUGGCGUCCGUUUUUGGUGGUUUUUCAUUUAUCGCGGGGGUUUUUGGAACGUAACCACCGUGAUAAACGGGGGAUUACUGUAUUGAAAAAAGUGAGGGAACUGUUCAAAAUCUGGAAUAUUAAGUAUCUAAGAUUUUGCAAUAUUCUGAAUUUGUAUUAUUCACUAUAUGAACAGAUUAAUUGUAGUAAUUUCUGCUUAUUAUGCCAUUUAUGGUCCCUUUCAAAAACAAUGCAAAUUAGGAAAAUUUGUAACAUUAGUAGUCAGAAUCUUUGGGCCCUAUUGUACACGUGAACAUUCCUUUCUAGUUCUAUUUUGGGUCGCUUCAGAAGCACCAGUCCAGGCAUGUGAAUCUAACUCAACAAAAAUUUCAACCAAUCACAUGAGUGUUCUUGCUCAGUGUGUUAUAAACAUCUGUAUGCCAGGAGUGAAGCUGCACAACAGCAUGCUUAAGUGUUUAGAACUGGUUAGGAUGAGUCUAAAGGCCAGUAAGUCAUCUUCUUCUUCAUCCCUUAUUCUGGUUGACCCUGGUCCACAGGGCCAUCGGCACUAAUGUGAUUUUUAUUUUUAUUUGCUUAAAACUUGCACUCGUUCACUGCAUCCAGUACACCUGUUCAGCUUUGUGUGCCAUUCUAAACCUCCAUUCUGAACUUCCGUUAUUUUCAUUUCUGCAGCUUGUAGCAUGGUGAAAUCAAAUCCAACUGUAGCAGCAGAAAGGUGACGAGUGAGCAUGUGUGAGUAUAUUUGGAUUAGAAAGCAGGAACUGUAAUGUAAUAAAAAAAGAACACAAAAUGUAUAAAGACCCUGCCUUUGGAAAUGGUUUGUACAUGGAUUUUUUUUUUUAUCUCAUUGCCAAAUGAUUUUCUCUCUUUUGGUUACUCCUCAGCCAGUUUCCUUGCUUUCAGUGGUUUUUCAUUUCUGUCUGUUUACAUGUAUUUAUUGUGCUGUACAGUACAUACUGUUGUUCUUACCAUAUUGUAAAUGAUUCUAUCAUCCCUAAUGGUGAUGGUGUUGCUGUAUUACAGAACUCUUAAUGAGAGAAUGUUUUAUUCUUAUUCAGUAUAUUAAGGACCCAUCUAUAAACAUCUCCUGCGAGAUGUGUGGAGGAGUGAAGAAAUCCAAUGUUAUGUGUGUUUUCUUUCGUUAGAGAAACAGCAGUCCCUUGGCCAGAGGGUUGUGCCUUAACUUUUUUAUUUAAGUUUCUUAUCUUAUCGUUGCACUAAAGAGAAAAAAAACCUACUGGCUGGAAAUUGACCUUAAUGUAUUUUAUUAUUGUUAUUUUCCUCAUUUUCAAAUGUAAGAGAAUGAAUAGUUCUUUUUGUCAGUUAAUGAAAAAAGGCCAGUAUGGAGGUUUGUUUGUUGUCUAAAAGUAUAUCACUACAUUUGGCAGCACACUGUAAUUUUUUAUUUUUAUUUUUAUUUUUUUUUAGCAAACCAAAUUGAUGUGUUUUUAUAAGCUGUCAACAUAUGUGCUAAACUAUGGAAACAUGUGAUUAUACAUAUGGGAUACACAGUUCCCUUCAAAAGUAUUGGAACGGCAAGGCUAAAUCUUUUGUUUCCUUUUUUCUUUUUUCUUUUUUAAGACUAAUACAAGACCGUAGAUCUGAAUUUCAGCUUUCAUUUUCUGAUAUUUACAUCUGAUUCUGUUAAAUGAUUAAGAACAUGGCACCUCUGGUGACAACACUCCUUAUUUUUACUAUUGGAAUGUAUACGCCUGAAGUACAAAGUAUAAAAUGUUUACUAUUUGUUUGCAUAAUCCCUACUUGCAAUACCUGCAUCAACUGGAGAUACAGACUGUUGCCUUCUUAUUUUUAUGAUGCCUUCCAGACUUUUAUCACUUUUUCUUUUAACUGUCUGUUUUUUUUUUUUUGUUUUUUUUUCAGGGGGGAUUUUAAAUUCUCCCUUAAGUCUCCACUUCAGGAGGUGAAAUGCAUGCUCAGUUGUGUCUGGUGGUUGAUUGCCCAGUCUAAAACCUUACCCAUUUUUCCCCUAAAAAAUUUCUUUGUUAUCUAGACAGUUUGUUUAAAGUCAUUGUGUUGCUGUAUGAUAAAGUUUCCCCCAAUUAAUUGGCAGUUAAAAUGAUUAGUGAGUCCAUUCGAGAAGCACCCAUGAAAGCCCAAACCAGGACACAGACACUGUGCUUGACCGUGAGCUCAUAUGUUUUGAAUCAUGAUCAGAUCCUUUCUUUAUUCCAUACUUUUGCUUUUUCAUCACAUUUUUUGCUAGAGGUUGAUCUUGAUUACAGAACAUCUCUAUAGCCCUUUGCUUAUUCCAACCUGGGCUUCUGAUUCUUACUCUGAUUAGUGGUCUGCAUUUGUAUUUUUACUUUGGCAGUUGCUUUUAUCCAGAGCAAUUUAAAUUUAUAUCAUACAACUGAGCAGCUGUGGAAUUUCCGGCUUUCUUUAGUGGCCCAGGAGUGUUAGCUUGACGUAGCUGGGAUUUAAACCUUUGGAACCAAAGUGCAAGCUCCCUGCCCACAACACCCUCAUUUUGUGGUAAUGCUUUUAUAUUUCCGCUCUUAAAGUGUUCUUUUAACGUUAGUUUGGGAAACUCUCACAUCUUCACAUCUCUCACAUGGUUUCUGUUGCUUUCUUGACUGGCCUGUUCUGCAUCUGGUUAUAAGUACCCAAGUGUUUUUUUUUCUGUUUUAGGGAAGUUGCAAAAUGCUUUAUUGGUACUGCUCAAUGCUUGUGCAAUGACUUUUUUAACAAUUGUUAUCCAAAAUAUUUUCAGAAUAUAGAAAAGAAAAAAAAAAGAAUUGACCUUUUCGUUCCAAUACUUUUGGAGGAGAACAUAUGAAUGUGUGCCAAAGCAAAUUUGAAUGGCUCUAACUGUGUGUGAAUUGUUUUGGGGUUUUUUUUUCUUUUUAUUUAGACUGACUGGAUUUUCAGUCAGUCAAUGUUAAUAAUUAUUUUGACUGAAACAAACAAUUCAUGCUAGAUCAUUACAAAUCGUUUUUUUUACUGACAUCUGUGAAACAUGCAAUAUAAAAACACUUUAAAUUUCCAUUGGGGACAUUAGGCUUUUUUUAAUUUUCGGAUAAAGGAUGGAAUGUCUUUAUAAACUCCAGUUCUUGAAUGGAGGCUAAUUUUGACACAUAUACUGUAGAUUCCUAAUUGCCCUAAAUGGAUAGAAUUAGUGGCUCUUUUCCUUUUUUGUCUUACUCCAUCUUUUUACAUCAGAAAAACCUAAAAAUAAUUUAGGAAACUAUUUUUUGUUAUGUGACCUGAAUGCCAACUUAUCUGGAGGUUUCACAAGAAAAUGUAGUUGUUUAAUGGAUUCCUUAUUUAUGACAGUCUAUUGGAUAGAACUGUAGAAGUUAAACUUGUAAAAAAAAAAAGGUUAAAUUGGAUAAAAAAAUGUUUUAUAUGCACCAGAAUAAAUGAAAGCAUGGGUUGACUGCA